CCUCAUUCAGAGCUUCUGCAAAAUCCGCAACAACAGCAACUAUAGACAGGGCAGACACUGCAGCAAUAUUCAGCCUGAUCUUCAACUCAGCAACCCAACAGAGCACAGAAUUAUCUACAGUGUGGACACAUCAGGCACAGUGUGCGUUAGUGAGUGAACAGACCAUGCUCAGUGUGUUUUAACCGGGCUCAGUGUGAGGAUUCAAUGUGCCUGCGGGGAAGAGAGCAUUUGCGGUGGAAAACAGUCCAUCUGAGUUGGAUGAAGAAAGUACGUGAGGAUAAAUCUGCCCGAGGCUGGCCCCUUUCUGACCAAUAGCUGCAGCAUGGUGACCUAUCGAAUCCGAGUGUACCAGGACUCCGAUUACCAGAGUGUGCGGGACCUGUAUGUCAGUGGAGUGCACCAGCAUUUCCACAGGGUGUGUUGCUAUGUCCUGAAGCAGCCAGUGAUCCAGGCCAGUGUGGCUGUCUGCUUGUGCUUGCUGUUAGUGCUCUCCAGAUCCUUGCUACUGUCUCUCUGCAUGCUGGCCCUGCUCUUGGUCCUGGGCCGUCUGUUCCUCAAGAGCUUGUGGAACCUCCUGAUUCAUCAGAACCUGAGGUCUGACCUGUUGGAUAUCUGUGCAUCGUACAACGAGCAGCCUGGUGCCCGUUUCUGGGUGGCACAGUGGGAUGAUGUUGUGAUCGGGACAGUGGGAGCUGCUCCAUCUGACAACUCAUCCACCGACCUUGAACUGAAACGACUGAACGUGCACCAGGAGUACCGCGGCCGGGGCAUUGCCAAGGACCUGUGCCGCACUGUCCACGAGUUUGCUCAUCUCUCUGGCUUCACUGGCAUUGUGCUCAGGACGUCUGUCAUUCAGACAGAGGCACAGCAGCUCUAUCGCAAGCUGGGCUAUAGGUUGGUGGGAACAACCCUGGUGCCACACGCCUUUGCAAAACUCAUCAACUACACCAUCUACAAAUACCACUAUCAGCUCACCACCGGCCCUCUACUCCAACAAAACUGAGGAAUGAUUACUGUCAGAGUGACAAGCGAUCUGUCCCAGUGCAGGAACUCACCCGGUUAGGGCAAGGUAGAACAAACAGCCUGUAUAACCAGAGCACAGAUAAACAAGUAAACAUGGUUAAAAUGCUGGGACAGACCUUGUUAAAGAAUAUUAGCAUCAUCUUCCUUUAAACAGGAGGUGAUAACCAUGUUCAUUAUAUGUGAUUUGAUUAAUUACUGUCAUGUGUACUGAGAUACAGUGAAAUUUGUUCUUAUGUGCUUUACUUGCAGAUUGUACUAUGCAAGUGCAUUAGGGUAACAGAACAGAGUGCAGGAUAUAAUGUUACAGCUGCUGAGAAUGUGCACAGACAGAUAGAACAUUGUUACUCAUUUUGACAGACUUGGAAUUGAGUUUUUAAAGGCAGACAAGUCAGAAUUGGUCAUUGUCUAACAACGUUUUUUUAUGGAGUGACCAAGAAUACAGGAGCAGAGCUUACAGCAGAUUGAAGCUGUUCCAUCAUACACAUGAUCAGUGGUAAUCCUAGACAACUCCAGCUUCAUUUUCCUAUCCCUCUCCAUGUCCCUCUGUUCCCUGGAAGACAAGACUUUUAAUUGAAGCCCCGGGCAACUGACCAAAUUAAUUCCAAAAUUCUCAAGCCUUCUGAGUUUUCUAUGUUCAAAUAAGAUCACCUCUCAUCAUCCUGCGUGUCGGGUGGCCUUAUUCAGCCCUGCAUCAUACGGUGAGCUGCCCAUCAUAGGAGAUAACAAGGUGUAGAGCUGGAUGAACACUACACGCCAAGCAGCAUCAGAGGAGCAGGAAAGCUGACAUUUCGGGCCUAGACCCUUCUUCAGAAAUUCAGAAGCGUCAGCCUUUCUGCCCCUCUGAUGCUGCUUGGCCUGCUGUGUUCAUCCAGUUCCACACCUUGUUAUCUCAGAUUCUCCAGCAUCUGCUGUUCCUACUAUCCCCAUCACAGUUUAAAUGAACAUCUUCUUUAACAUCUUCAAUCCAAGUCUUCGCUUUUCUUAAAAGUGGAGAUCAAAAUGUUCCAAAUGUGAUCUUACCAUUAUCCUGAAAACUGUAUCGUUGUUCCAGGAGUCUUGCAAUCAAGCCCAAUGUGCCACUUGCUGUUACAAUUGCUCAUCAGGAUGAAAGCCAGCUGAGUGAGCGAUCGUUUUGCCUCGGGAACCUCUGAUCCAAAACAGGAUUGAUUGUGUGGCUGACCUGUCAUCAUGGCAAUUGUAUUGUUGUUGCUCACUCCUGCCUGAGUGAAAGCAACUCUCAAACUCUUUCAUUCUCUGACAAGAUACCAGAGCGAAGCUCAGUAAAACAUGAGAGCAAUUCCAUUAAUAAUGCACCCGCUACAUCCUCACAAUAUUUUAGCCUCCUUCUCGAACCCAACUCCACCAAUAAACAGAGCAAAAUUCUGCAAAGUCCACCUCGGACUGGACUGGACACUCCACCUAAGCACCUGAAAAUGUCUCCCUGACCAGAUCCUGUCCUCUCAACUCUCAAAGCUCUCGUUUGCUGGGGAGGAUAUAGAGGACAUCAAUCCAACUUGGAAGCUCUUACUAAAUUGUGGCUGCAUUAGUGUAAAUCAUCAAAUUCCCACAAUGUGGAAGCAGGCCAUUUGGCCCAUUGAAUCCACACCAAUCCUUGGAAGAGCAUUCCACCCAUACCCAGUCCCAAUCCAUCCCUGUAACCCUGCAUUUCCCAUAGUUAACCCACCAAACUUACACAUCCCUGGACACUACAGGCAAAUUAGAAUCACAGAGUCCCUACGGUGUGGAAUCAGGCCCUUCGGCCCAACAAGUCCACACCCACUCUUGGAAUAUCCUACCCAGACCCAUCCCAUCAACACACCCCUGAACACUAUGGGCAGUUUCCCAUGGCCAAACCACCUAGUCUGCACAUCUUUGGACUGUGGGAGGAAACUGGAGCACCCGGAGGAAACCCAUGCAGACAGGGGGAGAAAGUGCAAACUCCACACAGUCGCCCGAGGGUGGAAUCGAACCUGGGUCCCUGGUGCUGUGAGGGAGCAGUGCUAAACACUGAGCCACUGUGCUGACCCCAAAGGCUGGGAGAAAUGUGCUCCCAAUUUUUAAAGUUGUUGACAGUCCAUCGAACUGCAUCACGCUUUGAGUCGAAACACCUUACUAUUGAGGCAAAGUGAGGCAGGAAAGGGUAGAAAAGGAAGUAUAUUCUGCCUCGUGGCAUGUCCCUACCCAUGGUGCCCAUUGAUCUGCAGCCUGUGUUUUAGCCUGUCCAGACAUAUGAAGACCCAGGGCACAAGCUCACCAUCCUGAGAUGAUAUCACCCUUGAAUUGAGAGGCAACCAAUGAUGGUGCCACCUGUGUGCCAGGCUUUGUGUUCCUUUCUUGAGCUGUUCCCAGUUUCACAUCAUAUUCUGUUUAAUCAUCCUUGUCAGCCAAAUGAAUAACUCCACACGUCCCCACAUUUUGCAGCUGCCCAUUUAUGUUGCCUUUCUGUGACCUCGAUCCAUUAGCCUUGUUUUGUGGCAUGAGCAAAAUUAGAUGGAUUGCACAUCCAAGUCUCACUGCAGCUUGUAAAUAGCGUAUUAAACAACUAUGUUGCACAUUUUCAAAAUACCGCUAAAA